AGUGAUUACAGCGUUUAACAACCUGAUGUUUCAGAGGAUUAUUGCGCGUUUUAGUGUCUACAGAAAGUGAAGGAGACGCGUUUUCAUGUGCUUUUUGUCGGGAUAAUGGUAGGAAACUAUAAUUUAAUGUUUGUCGACGACCUGCUCUGAAUACUGGAAAGAGUGAAGUUAAAGCUACGUGCUAAUUUUAGCCUUAUCACUAGUUUAUGAAUUUCUGUUUACACAAAAGAGAAACUAAGGUUUUGAAUGUUUGUUUUAAAUUCCCUGCACUUGUAUGACAUUUUUGGAUGUGUUCUUUACAGAUGGCAGGUAGGGGCAGACUGGUGUCCUGUCUCUGUUUGGGGCUUCUGGUUGUCCUGUGCUGGGUCUGGGUCUCCUUUGCCUCCUUUCCUGACACUCGACGCCCACUGGAACUUUUGGAUCUAGUGGACCAAGCAGCUUUUCAGCCCCAGAGUGCUUUAUCAGAGAUGGAGUUUGCCUCUAUCAGUUCAUACCGUGGCCCAGGCAACAGAGACCACCGUAGCAACAAGGAACUGCCCAUUCUCCUCUGGUGGAGUGCAGGACUGUUCCCACAUUUCCCUGGCGAUACCGAACGCAUUGACUGUGCCACAUCCUCCUGUCUGGUCACAAGUAACCGCAAGGUCCAGUUGUUUAAACGGACAGCAUCCAUCAUCUUCUAUGGGACAGACUUCCGGGCAUAUGAGGCACCGUUGCCCCGUCUUCGACACCAGACCUGGGCAUUGUUCCAUGAAGAAUCGCCCAUGAAUAACUACCUUCUCUCACAUGGACCAGGAAUACGGCUGUUCAACUACACUGCCACAUUUCGCAGAGACUCCGAUUAUCCUCUGACUCUGCAGUGGCUGCCAUCUCUGAGUUAUUUGCUGGAGCCUGUGUCCAUGUCCCUGAAGGAGAAAAAUCGCUUGAGGAGGGAGGGCCUAGCCCCUGUGCUCUACAUGCAGUCUCACUGUGAUGUACCUUCAGACAGAGACCGAUAUGUUCAGGAGCUGAUGAAGUACAUUGAGGUGGACUCCUAUGGAAAGUGCUUGAACAACGCUUUACCUGAGCACUUGGAGGACACAUCCACUGCUACUGGUGAAGAGCCUAGCUUCAUGAGUUUUGUUGCACGCUACAAGUUCCACCUGGCGCUGGAAAACGGCUUGUGUCCAGAUUACAUGACGGAAAAACUAUGGCGGCCUCUCCCAGGCUGUGUGCCAAUCUAUAGAGGAUCCCCUGUGGUCAAAGACUGGAUGCCCAACGGACACUCUGUGAUCGUCAUAGAUGACUUCCCCUCCCCAAAAGCCCUCGGGGAUUUUCUCAAAUUUCUGGAUGAGAAUGAUGAAGCCUAUUCAAAAUAUUUAGCAUUCAAGGAUCAGCGGAUCAGUAAUGCUCAUUUGCUGGAGGCGUUGGAAACUCGGGAGUGGGGUGUUAAUGACAUGAGUAAGCCCAACUAUCUGAACGGAUUUGAAUGUUAUGUGUGUGACCAGGAGAACGCGCGAGUAGCAGCCGAACAAGCCUUUAGGAAAGCGCCGAAAGAGAACCAACCACCUCAGCCUAAAGUGGCUAACAACUCCCACAUGGGAUGCCCUCUGCCCAGCCCGGGAUAUGGAGACAUCCACAAUUAGCCCAAGAUGACGGGUAUGCUCACCGUGGUUGCAAUAUGGCCUCAGGAUUACUGGCAGAGUCUGGACCAAGCGGAGGGGCUGGAGUCUCUGAUAAGACACAACGAGUCGGACCCUUCACUGCUGUGGAAGCACAUGCAGAACAUUGCUGUGAGCAGAGCCAGAGGAAAACACUGACACAGGCUUUGAAACAAACAGCAUCUGGAGCACAUCCAGAAUUGCAGAGGUGUCCCAUGUUACAUUAUUUAAAUGUGGAACGAAGCAGACAUUGCCUCAGUUGCACCUGAGCCAAAAUUGUUCUACCCCUGUGAGCAGUUUAAUCACACUAAAAACCAAUUCUGUCUUUGGACUUAACUGACAUCAUCCUUUUAAAAUGAGAUUUUUAAAAAAAAAAAACUGUUAUAUCUAAAUAUUUGAGUUGUUUUAUCACUAUAAACUCCAUUGCUGCCCCUGACUUUGGGUUGCAUUGUUGAUAUUUACUAAAAUGCAACACAGGUGUUCUUGAAAUGCACAUUUCCUUUGGGAGGCAGAAUUCCUUGGACUUGGCCAGAGCCAAAAGCUUCCUAAAACUGUGUGUAAGACCAUUAAAUCUCAGCAAUGGGCCCCAUAAGUUUCUUUGCAGUUAGCUAAUAGUGAUUAGUUCAAGUCACAUAAAACAAAACAUUUCAAAUGACUGUGUAAAGAAAUAUUUGUUUCAUCAAUAGAUGAAGAAAAAUGUAAAAUUAUGCACAAUUCUCCAGUGGGAAACAGCUGCUGUGUUUGCAGUAGUAGUUCUCAAGAACAGCUAAUGAAUCUCUGUGGCAAUACUUUACAAUGUUUUCCUCUUAGAUGGUGCUACAAUUAUUAUGUGCAAUAAUCCUUAAGUCCUACUUUUUCCUAAAGCAGAACAUUACAGUGUUUUUAUAUCACUUUUGUAGCAGUACAGUAUAAAUGAUUUUAUUUUGCUAACAAAGCAUAAAGAUUGGACACAAUUUUAUAUCAAGAAUAUCAUAGCAUUAAAAUAACUUUCAUUGCAUGAUAAACAAAUUGCCAUAUUCUUACCCCACUUGUCAGUAUUGUCUGUUCACAUUUAAGUGUAGCACAAAAUGCUGUAGACACCAUAUUCUUCAUAGCAUGCUGAAACAAAUAUCACAACAAUGCUGGGGGGGGGGGGGG